AUGUCUGCGUCAAUGUGCAACGAAAAUAAAAUGGAUCAAAAACUGGCAUAUCAUUUGGGCUUAUUGAAACUUGACGACUUCAAUGAUGAGAGUGAAAAAGCCUCUCUCGCCCCCGUCUUCCCAGGGUCUGUACUGAGGCAACCCAAACUAGCUCCAUCACAGUAUGGUCUGCUUGGAGGCAUCAAGAAGAUCGAGACAUCCCGUGACACAAGUACCGAGAGUGAACUCAUCAAGCACGACCCAAGGCUUUUUUUCAACGUUUCCUCACCAUCGAGCACUUUCAUUUGUGGCUCCCAGGGCUCUGGAAAAAGCAGACUUUUACAUCCUUUGACAGCUGUAGUCUUCCACUAUGAUACUUUCAUCUGCGACGAUGGCGGUUCACCCUGUGAGGCCGCAUUCCUCGCAUCCCACUCGAAUAUCAAAGUUCGGGUACUCUGUGCUCCGACCAAUAUCCGCACUAUACGGCAAACCUAUUCAGGAUUCAACAUCAAGGUUGAGCCUUUGCAGAUAGAUGAAGCUGACUUGAACACUAAACGUAUGCUGGAUCUUAUGGCAGUGGGUCAAGGCCAAGGGCCCAUUCCGCUGUAUAUGCAUACUGUUCAGCGGAUAUUGCGAGAAAUGCGCAUUUUACAGCAGAAUACGGGAUCCCAGUUCGACUACUGGAACUUCAAGAAAAGAAUACUAGGUUCUGGUCUUCUUCAAGGACAACUUGAACCUUUGAUGCAACGACUAGAUACGCUUGAGAGUUUCAUGCCCCCAAAGCAGACGCCCACGAAUAAACAAGCAAAUAAAAAGAAGGCAAGCUUCCGAGAGGCAGGCUCCAACUGGACACCGAAGGCCUCACAAUUGACAAUUGUUGACCUCUCCUGUCCAUGCAUCUCUUCCGAUACUGCUUGCUCCCUUUUCAACAUCUGUUUUGGAAUCUUCAUGGAGCAGGACACGAAAGUUGGCAGGAUAGUGGCCCUUGAUGAGGCUCAUAAGUAUAUGAAAGAUUCGAUCGAAGCUCGAGGUUUCACGGAUACCCUUCUCUCUACUGUUCGGUUACAGCGCCACCUCGGGGCCCGUAUCCUUAUUUCGACACAGGAGCCAACAAUUUCUAGUGACCUUCUCAGUCUGUGCUCGGUCACUAUUGUUCACAGAUUUUCAUCACCUGCAUGGGUGCGCGCACUACAGGCACACGUGGCCGCGGCCGCUUUGGGCGUACAAUUAGAUCGGGAGGGGCCGGACUAUGACGAUGACCAUUCGGAAAACCCUAGGAUUUCUAAAAAGUUCGCAUUGUUUCAUCAAAUUGUUCAUCUUCGAGUGGGGGAGGCCUUAUUAUUUUCUCCGAGUGCUAUUUCGGGUGGUGCUUCAGAAGGCUCGCAGGCGCUACGGACCUUAGGCUCGGGGUACAUGGUAAUCAAGGUUAGAGACAGGCUGACGAAGGAUGGUGGGAAGAGCGUUUUGGCUCAGUGA